AUGUCCAUCCCGAAUGAAGCUCUGCAGAAGAUUCUGCAAGAAAUCGAAGCCCGCAUCAUCACCUCGCAGCAGCAGAUCGGCGUGACCAAGGCGCAGAUGACUGCCAAACAAAGAGAGAUCCGCAAGCUGGAGUUGACGUCGGAGGAGAUCAGGACCCUUCCGAAGGAUACUCCCGUCUACGAGGGUGUUGGGAAGAUGUAA